AUGGAUAAAGAGCAACGUCAAGCUAUCGUCGAUCAUUGGGAUAAACUAGCCGAAUCGAUGCCCAGUAAUCAUAUGACAAAUAGACUAAUUGCAGAAGGAGUACUUUCGCCGACUGAUUUACAGGGAAUUAAUGCCAAGGAAACUGAAAACGAAAAGAAUACUACCAUUUUGAAUAAAAUUUUAGCCUCAGUAUCGCCUGAUUGCUAUGCCAUCUUUAUUGAUGCUUUGAGACAGAUUCCUAAUAAGAACAGCCGAUUAGCAGACAUGAUUGAAAGCCGUUUUAAGGAACAAGCUUCCGCUGAUUAUAGAAGCGACGCUAGUAAAUCGAACAAUUUAUCAAGCGCUCGUAAACGACAAACAGUAGAAUCUGAAACUAGUCGACAGAAAAGAACAGCAAUGCAAAAUGCUAUGGAUCCAAUACGAGAUGAUCUUAAAAGGCGUGAUAGCUUUAUGUAUAUCGCUAAUAACAUAAAGUCAAUCAAAGUAAUCGAAUUUGGUCGAAAGUUGCGAUUAUCUGAAAAUGAUGUUGACGAUAUAGUCAAUUCGAAUCGUAGCAGAUUUGAUAAGUUUAUGAAUCUGUUGGAGGAAUGGCACUCUCAAUUUGUCUCUACAGCAACGUUUGAUAAAUUAUUAGAUACUUUGCGUUCUUGCAAUGAAGUAGUAGUAGCUGAGAAGUUGAAAAAGAAAUACUCUAUAUCAAGCAACAGUGGAGAUCAAAAACCGAAAAACUCUGAAGAUAUUAAAAAAGACACAGAUUAUCCCAAAAUAAUUACGCAUCCCCGACCACCUAUCCCUACUAGGUCUAUACAGUACGUAACCUUUAAUGCUCACCACUACUGA